UUAAAGGUGAAUCAAUAUUUCAUGUUUUGAAGGAUUACUUCAUUGAAAAAGCAAUUCCUUUAUCAAAUAUAAUAUCAGCAGCUACAGUUGUAUGAAGAAAAUGACGAACACCUUCAUCAAUUACUCCUUCACACUGAAGUACGCUGGCUGUCGAGAGGCUUAUGUUUGACAAGAUUUUUUGCACUUUUUGAGACUAUUUUAGAAUUUCUGGAUACUAAAGAUAAAAUUUUAAAAGAAAAUUUAAUGAAGAGGAAAACAGACAUCGCCUAUUUAACAGAUUUGUUUACAAAACAUAAUAUGGUUAAUUUGCAGUUACCAGGCGACAGUUUAAAUUUGAUUAAAACAAAGUCCAUCUUAUCAGCGUUUCUUGCCAGAGUUAAACUAAUGAAGCAAAAUAUCGGAUUUUCUCAGUUCCCCAAUUUGUCAUAGACAAGCUACCAGGAAGACGACGUUUCAACUUACGUUCAACAUUUACAUGCCCUCUAUUCAGAUUUUGAAUCUAGGUACAUAUGAGGAUAUUUUGACUAUGGUAAUACCAUCGUGGAUAGUUAAUCCUUAUGGUGACAUAGAAGAAACGAAUGUCAUAAUACAAGAGGAACUGACUGAACUAAGUACAAACGAAGAACUCCAGGUUCAGUUUAAAAACGGAUAUCAGCAAUUCUGGCUGCAAAACAACAUACCCGUUACUUAUCCCAAGAGACCUACACUGGACCGAAUGUUCGCUUCGACGUCACAAAGAAAUGAUGAUGGUUUGCGGGCGUCUUACAAUAUCUCGUUACUUAUAGCAAAAUCCGGAAAACCGCAUACUAUCGGAGAGAAGUUAAUUUUGCCAGCCGUUGAAGAGGUUUUAAAAACUGUUUUACACAAACCUGCAUCUGAUAUCAUUAAAAGAAUUCCCUUAAGCAACAAUACUGUUGAAAGGCGUAUUGAUGAAAUGAGUUCUGAUAUUGAAAGCUUCUUAUGUAAUUAUUUGCAAACGACCCAUUCCUCUAUACAACUGGACGAGUCAACUUUACCUGAUAAUGCAGCAUUAUUAUUGGCAUAUGUUCGUUUUAUUAUGAAUCAAGAAAUCUACGAAGAACUGCUCUUCGCAAGAACUUUGAUAACCGACACUAAAGGUGAAUCAAUAUUUCAUGUUUUGAAGGAUUACUUCAUUGAAAAAGCAAUUCCUUUAUCAAAUAUAAUAUCAGUAGCUACAGAUGGAGCACCUGCCAUGAUUGCACGUUAUCGUGAAUUUAUAAGCUAUUUAAAACAAAAUGUGUCAGGGGUGUUAGCAAUACAUUGCGUCAUCCAUCGACAACAUUUAGUUGCUAAAAAUUUGAGUGUUAGAUUGCAUGAAUCACUUCAUUUAGUCAUUGAUGCAGUAAGCCGAAUCCGAAGCAACGCGUUGAAUACGCGGUUUGAGGAUAUUUUGACUAUGGUAAUACCACCGUGGAUAGUUAGUCCAUAUAGUGACAUAGAAGAAACCAAUGUCAUAAUACAAGAGGAACUGACUGAACUAAGUACAAACGAAGAAUUUAAAGUUCAGUUUAAAAACGGAUAUCAGCAAUUCUGGCUGCAAAACGUACCCGUUACUUAUCCCGUAGGUGGUAGACGGUCUGUGACUGUCGAACAUGAAGGUACCACCCGGCGGAUCUCCGAGGCGGGGACAGAAUGUGUCAUGUUGCAGUGCCUUAGGCCUUCGGGGUGGUUUAAGUACAAGAUGUGGGAGAGGAGUAGAGAGAAAGCGAAUUCCAUGGCAAUGCUGAUGAGAUGUUCACUCCUCAGCGCAGCAUAA